UUGUUGGUUUGGAAACGGAAUGUUUCCUGUCUAGUUUGUCUAUCACUCAAAAAUCACAAAAAGCGUGAUUUGAAGGAAUUUUUGUGACCAAAAUAAAAUAUUUUACUCGUGUAACUCGAAAAGCACCGCCAAUAGGGCACCAGCUCUGUAUUUUUUCAGUUAUAAAGUGUUAGAUAUACAAAAGGCAUGAUGGUGGAAGGCUCUGCAUUUACCCGAACCGAUGUGUUCCAAAUGGCAAUACGGGUCUGCUUCGUGUCUGCCGUCACUUAUUUCUCAAUCAAAUGGCUCGUCAACCAGAUAGACCCGACAUCCAAGAGCCGGAAGAAGGCUGAAGAGCGUGCACGGGAACAGUUACGCAAGGUGUCUUCCAGAGCGGGGCUCGGCAGCAAGCACACGCUACAGUUAGACAAGCUCACCGACCAUGAGAUGAUCAUCGCCUCGCAGCUGGUGGUGCCCGAUGAGAUCAAUGUGAACUGGAAGGACAUCGCGGGCCUGGACGCCCUGAUCCAAGAGCUCCGGGAGACUGUGAUCCUGCCCAUUCAGAAGCGCGAUCUGUUCGCUGACAGCCGCCUCACGCAGCCCCCUAAGGGGGUACUGCUCCAUGGACCACCAGGAUGCGGCAAGACCCUGAUAGCUAAAGCCACAGCCAAGGAGGCGAACAUGAGUUUCAUCAACCUGGACGUGUCGCUGCUGACCGACAAGUGGUACGGCGAGACGCAGAAACUGGCCGCUGCCGUCUUCAGUCUGGCCGUCAAACUACAACCUUGCAUCGUUUUUAUAGAUGAGAUCGAGUCAUUCCUCCGCACUCGCACGCAGCACGACCACGAAGCGACGGCCAUGAUGAAAACACAAUUCAUGUCGCUCUGGGACGGACUUAUUACUGAUAACAAUUGCACUGUCAUCAUUAUGGGGGCGACCAACCGACCACAGGACUUAGACAAGGCCAUCCAACGUCGCAUGCCGGCCGCCUUCCACGUACCGAUGCCUAACGAAUCUCAGCGGGAGACCAUUCUCAAGUUGAUCCUUCGAGAUGAACCUGUGGCGCCCUCUAUCGAGUUCCGCCGCCUGGCCGCGGCCACGGAGGGGUUCUCCGGCUCCGACCUGCACGAGCUGUGUCGCCAGGCCGCCGUCUAUAGAGUACGGGAUCUAGCAAGGGAAGAGAUGGCCAAGGAUGCAUCGCAGAAAUCCGGCAAAGGCGAUGAAGACUCGGACUCUGAGUACCACGACGCAAUCCGCCCGAUCACCAUGGAGGACCUGCGCCAGUCCCUCACCAAGCUCAAGGAGGCCAAGAUCCAGUGCGGGGCGCUGCCCCCUAGUAUGCGGAUAGAGCUGGAUUAGGUGAGAACUUUAAUAUUUACAAUCA